AUGCAUUUAUUCAAUACUCUUACUUUACUCAGUGCCGUUGGCAGCACUGUUGUUCAAGCCCAACUUCUCCAGAUCCCGGCGGUCCAGCAGAUCGUGGACCAAGCCCUUCGGAUCUUUGACGACUACGUGGAUUAUGAUGGUGUCACUCCUCAGCAAGCCCAGGAUACUUCGAGGAAGCCUGCACCAGCGACGGCGAAUGUUCUUGCUGUGGCAGCAGCUAACAGUUGCGAUGACUACUGGAUGCAAGCCGCCCGCCAUCAAGGCAUUGCGGCUUUCAACUCAAACCCAUCAGGCUACCAGGUGUUCCGCAAUGUAAAGGACUUUGGUGCAAAGGGAGAUGGAGUAACAGACGAUACGCGUGCCAUCAACAGUGCCAUCUCGAGUGGCAAUCGCUGCGCACCUGGCGCUUGUGGAUCCUCUACUACAACUCCGGCAGUUGUCUAUUUCCCAACCGGUAUUUACAUGGUCAACGCAUCCAUUAUCGACUACUACUACACUCAGAUGAUUGGUAACCCAAAGCCUGGAUGUAUGCCAACAAUCCGCGCAUCCACCACCUUCACUGGCGGCCUCGGUGUUAUUGAUGGCAACCAAUAUGGAGCCAAUGGUCUGGGAUACGGUGCUACGAACGUCUUCUGGCGUCAGAUCCGUAACCUGAUUAUCGACACCACACUUGUUCCAGCUGCGAACGCGAUCACUGGCUUGCACUGGCCCACUGCACAAGCGACCUCGCUCCAGAACUUGGUGUUCAACAUGAACAGCCAGAGGGGUACCCAGCACCAGGGUAUCUUUAUUGAAGAGGGAAGCGGAGGCUUCAUGAACGAUCUCGUCUUCAACGGCGGCCUUUACGGUGCCAAUUGGGGCAACCAGCAAUUUACAAGCAGGAACUUGACUUUCAGGAAUUGCGUAACUGCGAUCAACCAAAUCUGGGAUUGGGGUUGGACCUACAAGAGCAUUAACAUCAACAACUGCACGACGGGUAUUAACAUGACCAACGGAGCACCCAACGGGCUCAACAUUGGCAGCCUCACUCUUCUGGACUCCAGCAUCAGCAACACCCGCAUUGGUAUCAAUACUGGCCGUACUCGCACCACCAAUCCACCAACUGCUGGCGGAUUGGUCGUUGAGAACGUCCGCUUCAGCAACGUUCCGAUCGCCAUUCGCGGGCCAGACGGUAACCGAGUCGGCAAUGUUCAAUCUAUUGCUGGCUACAUCGAAGGCCAUGCGUACACCCCUACUGGACCUACCGAGGUGCAGCAAUCGCUCACUCCUAACGUUCGUCCAUCUGCGCUCCUUCAGAGCGAUGGAAAGUACUAUGAGCGCUCUAAGCCACAGUACGAAAACCUUCCACUUUCUUCUUUCGUGAGCGCCCGAACUGCCGGUGCCCGCGGUGAUGGCAGAACAGAUGAUACUCGAGCAUUGCAGGCUGCCAUCAACAGCGCACGAAGCCAGAACAAAGUCCUGUACCUCGAUCACGGAAACUAUAUCGUCUCCAACACAAUCUACAUCCCCGCUGGCUCCAAGAUUGUCGGCGAGACCUUCUCAGUCAUCAUGUCAUCAGGAAGCUUUUUCAACAACAUCACCAAUCCCCAACCAGUGGUCCAAAUCGGUAGACCAGGCGAGCAAGGCUCAAUCGAAUGGAGUGACACCAUCGUCAGCACACUCGGCCAACAGAAGGGUGCGGUCAUGAUUCAGUACAACCUCGUAGCACCGGCCGGCGCCCCCACCGGAUUGUGGGACGUGCAUGUUCGUAUUGGAGGCUUUGCGGGCUCGAAGCUUCUCGUCGCCGAUUGCCCAAAGACGCCAACUGUGCAAGUCACACCCGAACGCAUCGACCAGGAUUGCAUUUCGGGUUUCUUGUCUAUGCACAUUACCAAUGGCUCGACAGGCCUCUACCUUGAGAAUGUCUGGCUUUGGGUCGCAGAUCACGAUAUUGAGGAUCGUGCCCUAACUCAAAUUACAAUUUACACUGGUCGUGGAUUGCUCGAUCAAUCGCAAGGACCCGUGUGGAUGGUAGGCACAGGUGUUGAACACCACGUCCGCUACGAAUACCAAUUCGUCAACGCCCGCAACGUCUUCGCCGGCCAAAUCCAAACCGAAACAGCCUACUACCAACCCAACCCCAACGCCCGCAACCCCUUCCCCGCCGUCUCCUCCCUCUCAGACCCCUCCUUCAACGACGCCACAGUCACCGACCAAGGCGCCACAAUCCCCGCCGCAAACGGCUGGGGACUCCGGAUCAAAGACUCCACCGAUAUCCUCGUCUACGGCGCAGGUUUAUACUCUUUCUUCAAUAACUAUAGCACGACGUGCUCGAAUCAAGGUUCUGGAUCGGUUUGUCAGAAUCGGAUCACGAGUAUUGAGGGAUCGAAUACGAGGACUUCGAUUUAUAAUUUGAAUACUGUGGGGACGAGGUUUCCUGUUACGGUUGAUGGGGUGAAUAGGGCUUAUUAUAAUGAUAACCAGGGUGGGUUUACCCAGGGGAUUACGUUGUUUAGGAAUAGGAAUGGGGUCUGA